AUGGGUAACAAUGUCGACACCAAGCGUGUGCCUUCAAUCCGGAGACUCAGGACAAGCGCUCCUUGUCGAGACAGGCGAUAUGUAUCCAGGACACAGCAGAAGACUGAGGUUGCUAAACGGAAAGACCACGAAAAAUCUCACGUGAGUGUCCAGCUGUAUACUACCAGCUAUGUCGCCGCACCGACGACCCAUGUACUAGACUAUCAGACUGAUGAGGCGAGACAGAAAAUUUGGUCAUUCGCUUCAAUCACUUUUGCAUUCGCCAAUUACGUCUUACGCCAGGCGCCUCCUGAACUUCGUAGCAAAGUGGAAGACUUUGCGAAGGCUAGUCCUGGCCUGCUCACUAUGAUUCAAAAUGGGCCUCAGAUGGAUAUCCUUCCCAAGGGUCCAGAUUGGCUUGUAGCCAUUCAGCGGCACCAAGUCCAGAAACCCGCUGGACGAUAUCUGACUUUCUGGCCGCUGGGUUGA